AUGGAAGACGCUGAAUCAAGUUCGUCAGAUGAAAGUUUAGACGUGACUAAUACAAGUUUUGAUCCAUUAAAAUUUUUAUAUUCUGAAAAAACAAAAAUUCCCGUUCCAAGUGCACCUAUUUAUGAUAAUGUAUCAAAAUUCGAAACAAAAUUAAAAGGAAUAGUUACAAAACCACGUGCCCAUUCUAAUGUGUCUAACCCACAUCCUGCAUCUAGCCAAUGUACUGAGGAAUUCGAUGCUUUCAAGAACGGCAAAAAUGUUUUGUCACGCAUGGAAAAUAUCUUGGGUCCUCUUCAACUUCUCUACAAUUGCGUCGAGACAAAGACUAGGAUAAAGGUUUAUACUAGAAGUAUUCGAGGUAUUAGAGGAUAUAUAGAAGCUUAUGUGACUGCAUUUGACAAACAUUGGAAUCUCGCUCUUGAAGACUGCCUUGAAACAUGGACUCGUAAAGUCAAAAGGAAAGCUCCGGCAUUAGGAACUGCUGAAAAAUUAGAAAUGAUCGAAGAGAACGUGCCCAAGAUGAUUGUAAAGAAGUCUAACGGAAAGACUGAGACCUUGGAGAGACACGUGCCACAAAUGAUGCUGAGGGGAGAGCAGGUAGUUAUCAUUAUCAAAAUGAAUUAGAUCGUCAAUCAAAAGUGUACAAUAUUAUUUGUUAAUUAUAAUAAUAUUAUG